CCUUUUCGGAUGAAUUCUUGAUCUAUCGUUGCGCAAUAAUUUUUGACACUAGGCUGACUAUCCUUACCAAUUUCACGUUUUAAAAAUGAGUGGUCCACUAGAUAAACUGCAUGUUAUUGUAGAAUCUGGGAAAAGUAAACAAACUGUUGCAGCAUUGGAUCCGAGAUGGAUGGAACAAGUACAGUUUGUAAGUUAUCAGCCUCCACCCAAAAAUCUGUCAGACAAAGGGCAAUAUGAAGCUUGGUUAGAAAGGUUAAAGUUCAUAGAGGAUGAUCUGCACUGGCUACUGCAGCUUCCACAUGACAAAUUCUGGUGUCAGGCAAUAUUUGACGAGACACUGCAUCGCUGUAUAGACAGUUAUCUACGGUUUGCUCCACGAUCAUACAAUAUACUAGCUGACUUCCCAGACAAUGCUAGAGAUAGACAUAAUCAAGUUCAUAGACUUGUCUUCAUGACAUGCGUCCGUAUGUCGACAUAUAAAGAAUCCAAGGAAUGUUAUAUUACCCCAAGUGUAUUUGGUGAGAUACUUUAUGAGAAUUUUAUAUUUGACAUUCCAAAGUUGUUAGACAUAUGUGUACUAUAUGGACAGGGUAAUGGCCCUUUGUUGACCAAAAUGAUAGAAAACAUCUUUACCAAGCAGCCAAAAUACAACGAGGAUCUGGAACAAACCAUUGGUACACUGUCACAGGUAUUUGACAGUGUCAUGGGUAAAUGUGGAAUCAGGUUUGACAGCGGCUCCCACUCUCCACAGAAACUUAGUGACCAUAGCAACAUGAAACAGUCGUUGGUUACUAUGAGUGUGACAGAGUAUACAGACAUUGUGUUGUAUCUGUCAGAUAUAGGAAUGACCUUGACCUCAUUUUUAGAAGUUUAUCCAACAGCUUGCCAAGCGUUUCAUGAAAGUGAUUUUCUGGUGAGGUUACCAUCAUUUUAUGAAGCAGUUAUACCAGAAGCUUUGUCAGCUUUGAAACUGAGAGACAUUGAGACAAAAGAAAAGCUUUUACUGAAGCAGUAUUUAAUCCAGGCCAAGAAAUGCCUUUUGACUGUCUUCCAAACCAUAAUGGCCCAGUGCUGUAUACAGCCUAUAUUAGAGAAAAGGGAACCAGUUAUAGACUUUGUAGAUGACUAUCUUCAUAUUGUAUCAUCUGUAUUAGCAGAACGAAGAUUUUUGGCAGAUUAUGAGAGUUUACACAGUUUCCAAGGUGACAUUGAGAUUUUGUCACAGGCAGCAUGUGGAAUUGAUGAGACUCGCCUUCAGUAUAUACAAGAUGCUGUUAACAGUGCAUUCUCUACUUAUGGAAAGAGGAAGUCCCCAAAAGGUGCAAUGAAGAGAGGUGGAAGGAGAAGCCCUGAUGGGUCGUCUGGUGAAAUGGUUGGUGCAGUAGGUGGAGGAAACACAUCAUCUGUGCAGCAGACGGCUACAAGUCUGCCGGCAGAUAUAUACCAAGUAGAAGAUUCUGAUAUUGUAGGAGCAUGUGCCCCACAAGUGACAGGUGUGGAGCUGGACUCUAUGGUGUCCUCUGUGAAAGAUUUAUUACCAGACCUUGGUGAGGGAUUCAUUGAGGUAUGUUUAGAAGAGCUGAACUAUGACAUAGAGAGAGUGAUAAAUGCUGUAUUAGAGGAUAGACUGCCGCAAUCACUCCAGGAGGUUGAUAGACAAAUACCAAGAAAGAAGCGUGCAGUUACCCCACCCAGUUUGUUACAUGAAAGGAAGAAUAUUUAUGACUUUGAUGAGUUUGAUGUUUUCCACAGAGAUGAUAUAGACAAACAGAAAAUACGUAAAGGCAAACUGGACAAAACAGAAAAUGUCAGCAUAGGUGACCAAGCUGAAUUAAAGGAUAUAAAGUCUGCCAUUAGUAAAGAUUAUGGUGUAAUACAUGAGGUCGUGAUAGACGAUGGCACGGUGACAUAUACACGUGACAUGUAUGAUGACGAGUAUGAUGACACAUAUGAUGUGAAUAACGUAGGGGCAGAUGAUGCUGACUCUGCUGAUGAACUUUCAACUGUCAGACCAUUUACAACACCUCGGAUACUUGGAGGUCAGACACGGACAUACAGACAUAAUGAUUCAGAAUCUGAGGAAUCUGAUGAAGACGCAAAUGCUGCAAAACGUGACAAUUUUGUUGAAGAUCCUGCAGUGCUUAGACAAAGGGCUGAGGAAAGGGCAAGAUACAAAGCUGGGAGGGCAAAACCCAGUCAGGCUCCAAAGACUCAUGAUGUCAAAGGUGGACCUAAAGGUCAAGGUCAAAGCUCAGAGGUGUUGCAUAAUAGAAAAUGGAAAACUCAGCAUAAAGGUGACUUUAGAAGAGCUGCAGCUGAUAGAAAAAGAAAAGUUUAAUUUCUAUAGCAUUAACAUAUCACACCUUACUAUGAAGAAAGACAGCAGCGAAAUAUUAACUCUUGACCAACUUGUGCCAGAUUUAACCUACUUUGAAUUUUUGGAACAGUCAAUUUAAAGUUUAGGGGAUUUCAAUAUCAAAGUACAGAAAUAAGUUACCAACAGUAUAGAGCCUGUGCAGAGUGCAUGUAAGUUCAUGCUGGCCUGGCUUUAUACUGAGGUCACAAUCUAAUUACUUCAAGCAGAUUAAUGACUGAUCUUUUAUCUGUACAAAUGAAUGGAUAUGAUCAUAAUAAAGAAUUUAGGUUCCUAUAGUCAUAAAUACAGCAGUAAGCAGUAGAAUAACAGUGCAUUUAAUUCUUAACUUUCCAUCUUUGAAUCUAUUGAAAUGUAGUUCAAUUUUACUGUGUUAAUGUUCUCUCCAAAAUCAGUCUUCUUACUAUUUAUAUAAAUGUUCUGUUAAAGCAUUAUAUUUUAAGAGUAUUAUUUUAUCUACACGUGUUACUAAAGAUAACCUAAUCAUUGGCUUGUUUCUAUUUAAUGAAGUAUGGUAUCAUAAUAAUAAAAGUUGAAAAUAUUUCUGUCUGUUUUGUUCAUUCAAAUUAUUGAUUGGUGCCUUUUUAAAACUGAAACAAAAUAUGUAUUAUGAUUUGACUAUGAUUGAUUGAUUGAUCAAUCAAUUGAUCGAUCUAUUGAUUGAUUGAUUGAUUGAUUCAUUCAUUGGAAUCUCCCUAUACAUUAUUAUGUAUCUUAAUCACCUUUGAAAUACUCUUACAAUUAAAGAAAUACUUUAUACAAUACUGAGGUCCUCAUUGCAUUAUGGUGACCAUUCAUUCAGGCCACAAACAUUUAUUGUGGUAAUAAUGAGAUACAUUCCACGUCUUUUCUUCCAUUUUAAUACAUAAAUUUGGAUGGUAGUUUAUACAUCACUAUAUGUUUUGGCAUAAACUUUUUAAAAAAUGUUUAGAGGUAAACUAUGACUUCUUAAUACUAUUUAAGAGCACGUCUGGUCACUUAAUUUGUAGCAUUGUCUAUGGUCGGCUAAUAACACUACAAAUUUAUUUUACUGGCCAUCAUUAUGGGCUGCUAUUUCUAAAUACAUGUAUAUAGUUACAUUCAAAUUGCUUCCUCGCGUGAAUUUAAGUUUUUAAAAGAUAUAGCAUACAUGUAUUUAUAUAAAGUAGGGAUUGUGAUUUUUAUUUUUUGUUUUUAAGGAUACAUAUUUCUAUCUUUGUUACAAUAAAUUGUUUAUAUUUAGGAAAUUCUCUUCAUGUUGUUGACAAGUUGUCAGUUUACUGUUACUGUACUUGUCAGCCUAUCUGUUACUAAAUCUUUUGACACAAGUAAAUAAUACAUUUCUAUAUUUAGCAGAUUGGCAAGAAUUAUAUAAAUGAUUGUAUUAUUUCUAAAUUGGUUGAAUAAUAGUUGCCGAACAAUUCUGUGACCAUAGGAAUCUGCUUCAACAGUUAUUUUAUACUAGUAUAUGAUUUAACGAUUUAUGAUUUCUAUGCUCAAGUUAUGUGCUAAACGUAUACGGGACAUGUGAGCAAAAUGCUUAUAAUCAUGCACGAGGUUUUGAAUUGUAUAACUAUCUUGUAUUUAUGAAAAAGUUUAAAAAACAGGAUAUGAUGCAUUUGUAUGGUAUAAUGCAUUUGUAUGGUAUACACGUGUAUUUGUAAAUUUCAGAUGCUAUGUGUUUAACAUAUAGCUAUUUUAUUUCUGAAAUAAAUAUGUUAAUGUGUACAUAAUUCCUAGGUAUAUGCUAGUCUGCAUAAGGACUCCACUGACUAAAUAAAUAGCGUUUGAAGAUCGCUUUUAAGUCCAAUAGGGCUAAGAUUAAUAUCGAUUUUUUUUACUUAAUUCUGCAUAUAUUUCUUUAUUAUCUUUUUUCAAAUGUUUUUUUUUCCGUUUUAAGCAGUACAAUUUGAUUGAUAUAAGAUUUUAAAAUGUUAUGUUUGUAGACUUAAGGACCUUAGUGGAGCCCCUUUACAUGGAGUAUAUUUUAAAGUCAUAGUUAAAGUCAAAUUUGAUAUAAUAGUGUCGUAUUUAUAUAUUAUAAGAUAGAUGUUCCUGACACUGUAUCUUAUGAGAUUCUAGACUUUAAAAUAAUUUUUACAUGUUUUAAACAUGUUUUUAUGAUAUACAGGUGUCAGUUUUAAAUCUCCUCAAACUUUUUAAGGUAAAAUUUAAACGAAGAUGGUCUGUAAAUUGUAGCCCAGAAAAAUUGUAAAAGAUGUGACAACGUUAUUUUAAUCGUGACAAAAUUAUGCUAAUUUGGUGAAAAUACUUCUCUAAUUUGAAUAAAGAAUAAAGUAAAACUAAAAUGAACAA